CACACAAGGCCGGCUAUUUCUCCUCACUGGAGCCAGGUAAGUAGAACGUCUAUUUCACACAAUACACAAGAACACAUGUCACACAAGGACGGCUAUUUCUUUUGCUAAGGUAGGAGAAUUUCUUCCUUCUUAAGCUCAGCACCUCUCUCUGCUCUGUUUGGUGCUCCUUCCAGCAAAGAAUAGAAAGAAUGGAGCUUCUGUCCAGCAUUCCAGCUUUCCUACAAGAAAACUGCUACUCGUUGUUGCUUGUAUUGCUGCUUGUGAUUGUCACUUCAAGAUGGUUCUUCAGAAAGCCCAGCGAUCUCCCCCCUGGACCAUUUAGCCUGCCUGUGAUUGGUUGUCUUCACUUGAUUGGCCCUCUUCCUCAUGUGUCUCUUCACGAGCUGUCUAGAAAGUACGGUGGCAUUAUGCAUCUCAAAUUUGGUACAGUACCGUUCGUAGUUGUGAGCUCUGAAGAAGCAGCAAAGGAGCUGUACAAGUAUCGUGGCCUUGAGUUUGCUUCUAAAGUUCCUACUAUAGCUGGCAGGCAUUUUGGCAAUGAUUUCAAUGGGAUUGUUUAUGCGGAGUACACUCCACAGCUGAAACUGUACAGGAAGAUCGUCAACACUCAUCUGCUCUCGGCAACCAGGCUCAAAGUCUACGACAAGAUCCGCAGGGAAGAACAAUGCAGUCUAGCGCGUUCGAUUGUGUCUGCAGAAGGCACACCGAUCAAGCUCAGAGACAAGUUCCACAACCUGAACGUGAACAUCAUCACUUACAUGCUCUUCGGAGAGCGUUUCUACGGGGCGCAUGCCAGGAACACAGCAGCACUUGACGCUUUUGCGGAUGCAGUUAUAGAAAGCUUAAGAUUGUCAGGGGUAUUCAACAUCAGUGAUUUCAUCCCAGCAAUCAAAUGGCUGGACGUUCAACGCUUGGAGAAACGGUACAAGCAGCUGAUAGCUAAGGUGAACGACUACUUGCUUUCUGUCCUGCAAGAUCAUAGAAGGAACCCUCGAAAGUAUAGGAGAGAUGAGCCUGUUCCGUUCAUUGACGUCCUCCUUUCUCUGGAUUCAACUGAAGAAGAAGUUUCAGAUAUUACCAAGCUCUCCCUUCUCUUCGAUAUGUUGCUUGGUGCAGUGGAUACUUCGGCACUCUCACUGGAAUGGGCCAUCACAGAGCUCCUUCGUCACCCAUCCGUCAUGGAAAAGGCCCGCAAAGAUAUAGAUUCUGUGGUUGGAAGCAACAGAUUGGUGGAAGAUUCAGACUUGGAUCAGCUACCAUUCAUCGCUGCAAUCGCCAAAGAAACAUUGAGGCUGCACCAGCUAGCACCACUGGCUCUUCCCAAGGUAGUCCAAGGAGGUCCUUCAAAACUUGGUGGCUACACCAUUCCUAACGGUACCUGCGCCUUUGUCAACUUCCAUUCGCUCGGCAUCGAUCCUGCACACUGGAAAGAUCCAAUGAAGUACCGGCCCGAGCGAUUUCUAGAGGCCGACAUCGACGUGUUCGGACAAGAUUACAACUUGCUGCCAUUUGGAUCUGGAAGGCGAAUGUGCCCUGGAGCUAAACUUGGAUUUGACACGCUGCAGAUUGGCAUUGCUACACUGGUUCAGGGAUUCGAGUGGAAAUUGGCGAAGGGACAAGAUCCAGCUGAGAUCAACAUGGACGAGACUUAUGGCUUGGUUUGUCACAAAACGCAGCCGCUCAUUGCUGUUCCGAAAGCACGGCUUGAAAGAAGCGUCUAUAGUAGCUAAGAGCAAUUGCAGAGUACCUUCACGGUAAACCUUCUCCAACCGGCCCCCUCCCGCUUAAACUCAAGAUCGCCUUAGAAGAGCUUUAGAUUCUAGAGAUUGGAGGGCUUGAAAACGUUGAAAUUGCUGAGAGAUGUUGAGAAGAUUGUUUCCAGUAGCUAUGGAUGCCAGUGAACUUCUUUUAAGUUGCUUUGUCCCUGAAGAAAAGAGAUAGAUUUACUUCUCUUUGGAAUAUUAAAAAAUUAAUCUAAAAACUUUUAUCAAGC